GGGAUCACUGCUUUUCCCUUUGCAGCUUUCCAUGCGGUACCCAUGAAGAUGAGGCUGAGGACACGGAAGGCUUCCCAGCAGUCCAACCAGCUCCACACGCAGCGGGCGCUGCGGGCCAAGCGGAAACACUCGGAGGUGGAGGAGCCCUUACCUGGCGGCGGGGGAAAGCCACCCAAAAAUGAGACAGGCCUCUUGUCUUCGAUCAAAAAGUUCAUUAAAGGAAGCACACCCAAGGAAGAAAGAGAAAAUCCCCCCAAGAGGAGUCGGAUUGAGCGGGACAUCGACAACAACUUGAUCACCUCCACGCCCCAGACAGGAGAGAAGCCCAACAAGCAGCUCUCGCGCGUGCGGCGGAAAAGUCAGAUGAACGGAGAAGCUGGAAGUUAUGAGAUGACGAACCAACACGUAAAGCAAAAUGGAAAAUUGGAAGAUAACCCCGCCACAGGCAGUCCCCCACGAACAACAUUACUGGGAACCAUAUUUUCUCCUGUUUUCAAUUUUUUUUCACCAGCAAAUAAAAAUGGAACGUCGGGCUCCGACUCCCCGGGCCAGGCCGUGGAGGCCGAGGAGAUCGUGAAGCAGCUGGACAUGGAGCAGGUGGACGAGAUCACCACGAGCACGGCCACCUCCGCCAACGGCGCCGCCUUCCCGGGGCAGGCCGUGCAGGGCAGGGCCGUCAACAACGGCCUGGGCGACCCCGAGGAGCCGGGGGACCGCGACCUGCCCCCGCUCACGGCACCAGUAUCUCCAGACAGUGGCUACUCAUCAGCUCAUGCAGAAGCCACCUAUGAAGAGGACUGGGAAGUCUUUGAUCCAUACUAUUUCAUCAAACACGUCCCCCCACUAACAGAAGAGCAGCUGAACAGGAAGCCAGCUCUCCCACUGAAAACCAGAAGCACACCAGAGUUCUCAUUAGUUCUAGACUUGGAUGAAACAUUAGUGCACUGUAGUCUAAAUGAAUUAGAAGAUGCUGCACUCACUUUUCCAGUUCUUUUUCAAGAUGUCAUUUACCAGGUGUACGUGCGGCUAAGGCCGUUCUUCCGAGAGUUCCUGGAGCGCAUGUCUCAGAUCUACGAGAUCAUUCUGUUUACUGCUUCUAAGAAGGUGUAUGCAGACAAGUUGUUGAACAUCCUGGACCCCAAAAAGCAGCUGGUCAGGCAUCGACUCUUCCGUGAGCAUUGUGUGUGUGUACAGGGGAAUUACAUCAAGGAUUUAAACAUCCUGGGCAGAGACCUCUCCAAAACCAUCAUCAUUGACAAUUCACCGCAAGCCUUUGCUUACCAGCUUUCCAAUGGAAUUCCUAUAGAAAGCUGGUUCAUGGAUAAAAAUGAUAAUGAACUCCUAAAGUUGAUUCCAUUUCUGGAGAAACUAGUAGAGCUGUCGAAACCUUUUCAAAAAUCAAGAGACUGGCUAGAUAAGACGAAGACAAGAGUGACUAAUAUUGGGAAUAUCCUAAACCAUUGCGAUGGCACGUCCUCUGGACAGAGCAGAGCUGGCAGUGGCACCACGAUGGACAAGGAAUACCUCACCUCUGCUGUGCCCGGCCGGGCAGGACGGGCUCCUGCGACACUCCUGCUUCCAGCAGCCUCUGGGGCAGGGCUGCCUGCCAUCCCACUGGUUCCGAGGGACGCCCGGCCCUGGCUCCUAAUGCAGCGCCCCGGAGGGGAUGUUUUGUAGCGGUGGGAGCCGCCUUUCCCGGAGGCUCUCCCUGGAAGGUAGGGUUUGUACGAGUUAGGAAGCUUUGCCUCUCGACUGCAUUACCACGCCACAGGCUCGGACUGGUUUUGUGUAAAAGAUGUCACAGAACGGCACUUUUUCUAAAGAGAAGUUUGCUAUUUUGUAUGCUUGAUAAGAAAGUACAGUAUUGGAAAUUAAAGGUGGACAGCUGAUAAUUGAGAAGUAUGUCAAUUAAUUUUUUAUGUAUAUUACCUGUUUACUUGUACAAUUUUAUUGUACAAAUUACAUGCAGCUUCAUUUUCAAAUGAGUCCUUAAAAUAAGGAAAAUCUUUUUAGCAAAACAUUUAAUUUUUGUAUUUUUGAUUUUAAAAGGCAUGAGUUAUGUCAACUUUUUCCAGUGUAUUAAUGAAGAUUUUAACUUUUCAUCAGGUUGAGUGUUUUCUUACUAUAUUAUCUGUUGUGUAUGUAGCUAGCACAUGGUGUCACUGAACUGUUAAAACUUAGCAUGUAGAGCAAGCCUGUUUUGUGGAAAAUCCUUAUUCAUUAAAAACAAAAUCAUCAUGGCAGAUUUUCUGCAAAAAAACUGAAAACAUUUGCAAUUCAGAAUACUGAUUUUUUUUGUAUUUAAAGAAAGGUAUUUUGCUUGCAGGAAAGAAAUACUACAGAUUCAUUUUAAUGAGAAUCUUUUAAAUGUAUUUAUCUUUAGGGCAUCUGGGCAUCUUUACGCUGUUUGUCUUAUGUCUUUAUUGAAAUAAAAUGUACAGAACAUUACCUUUCCAUCUGCUUGGUGCAGCCGUGUCCCCUGGGCUGAUGGAGAGAUGGAGGAUGGACUCUGGAAGGGAGGGCCAGCUUGUGUGCAGCUGCCCCUUGCUUUGCAGCCGUCCUUGCUCCUUCCUUGCCGUGUAAACCCGAGUCUGAGGGCUUGCAGUUCCCUGGUGAAGCUCUGCCUCACGGGGCAUUCCUCCCAGUUUCUCCACACCACAGAGCUGCUGUGAAACUCCCGGAUCUGCCAGAGGAGCCCAGCUUUAGCCCGUGGCCUUCUCCAGCUGUGGUGGGAUGUCCAGCUGUUCCAGUCACAUCCCCAGGCCCUCUGUGGCCCCAGCCGUUCCUGAAGUGCUUCCAGAGCUGAGGAAACCAAAGGCAUGUUGCACUUUCCAGCUGUGUCUGUGUCGUGCCCAUCAGAUCCGCGAGGGAGAGCCGGCUGGGAAGGAGGGGAUGUACUUCUGCAUCGUGCACAGCGGGACUGACAGAGGUUCUUAGUAAACACAUUCAGUAUUCACAUCUUCUGUGCUGCAAGCCUGGUGUGUCUCACUGAACGCUGCACAGUGCUGCUGCCUCCUGCCAACCUCUCAGAGUUUUCAUCCGCAGGUUUUAUUUCUGUGAUCAUCUCCGGGGCAGUUCCCGUUCCUGUGCCGAGCUCUGGGUCAGGUUGUGUCCCCAAAGCCCCCUGUGCCCGGGCAGGCUCAGCCAGUGUGAGCCCCCCAGCAGGGCACCCUGCAGGAUCCCUGAUUCCUUAUGGAGGAUGGUUUUGUCCUUGUGGAAAGCACCACGUCCUGAUUCCAGAGCUCUGAAUGAUUCCCUCUGUGGUCUGUGCUGGGUUGUUUUCCCGUUUUCCCCCUGGAUUCUGUUCCGUGUUGGAGCCCCUGGGUGCUGGCAGCCCAGUCACACCUCGCAGCCCUUCGGUGGCAGUGCCUGUUCAGCCUUUGUUUCCCUGGAGUGACCCUCGGUGCUCUGCCUCCCCACCUUGGAUUCCCCCCGCCUGACAACUCCAGUGCUUUUGAACGAAGCAGGAAGGCUGGCUGUGCCCGGACUGCAUUGGGAAUCUCCCAAACCGUCAGUGGAGGCACGGAUGGGAUUUGGGAAGAGCCCUGGAAUGUGGAACCGACCCUGCCAGGGUGACAAGAGCCCUGCACAGCAGCAGGAGGAGUUCUUGUUCUUGGUACUUGCACAAAUGUCAUUGUACUGAUGGGGCCGAACCUUGUAAAAUAUGAUGGAAGAGAAGUCCUGUGCUAUGGACUUCUGUUUCUUCUGCAAUCAUUUCCAGUCUACAAAAGCACAAAGGUUUAAUUAAAUACUUACGCUCUGGA